UAAAGCCUCAACACUGUUGUGAUGAUAAUGUUGUUGUUGUUGACCAGCAAUUAAUAAUAACAGUUAUUAUUUAGAUAUGUUAUGUGAGACACAAACACUUGGGAUAAGUAUUUUUUGAAUAUUUUUUUUUGCAUCGUUUUUGUCGAGAUUUAAAGGGAAUGCCAUUAUUGUCGGCACAGUUGUCGUCGUCAUCGUUGUCUACGGUGUUGUGUCUAUCCCUGUGCUGCUGUUGUGUUGGUGUUGUUCAGCUACCAGUGCUGGCAAAAUGAUGUCGUUAUCAGCCGAAUGUAUCAAAUUUCCGAUCACUCGUCUAUUGUUGUGUUGACAAAACCAUAUAAUUGAAAAAAAACUAUGUUUUACUUAUUAUUUCUACUAUUUCUGCUCAUAUUUGCUCAUAGUGUAGUAUCAUUGAGGCUGAUUAUGCUGGACGUGCCGUCCCCAUCAUACGUGGGCGAAUCAGUUGAAUUAACAUGCUCAUACGACCUGGGUGAUGAUAGACUAUACUCAGUUAAAUGGUAUAAAAAUGAUGUCGAAUUUUAUCGAUAUGUCCCAAAGGAUUGGCCGCCCGGACAGUUCCUACCGAUUCCCGGCAUUAGAGUCGAUCUAUCGAGAAGUGGUAAAAACUCGGUGUUUCUCAAACAGGUCGACAUCCAUACAGCCGGUCUCUAUAGAUGUGAGGUAUCGGCCGAAGCGCCGUCUUUUGUGACCGCAGAGGGACAGAAGGUUUUGGAAGUGACCGUAUUGCCAUCACAAGGACCAUCAAUUACUGGCAUACAAUCCAAGUAUAAAUUGGGACAAAUAGUAUCAUUGAAUUGCACUUCAGCUAAGAGUAAGCCGUCGGCGUCAUUAAAGUGGUAUAUUAAUGAUCAAGAGAUUGGCAGUGAAUACGAGACAAUAUACUCGACAACACUUCAUUCAGAUGGACUCGAGACUAGUAGUCUGAGUCUUAAGUUUAUAGCCAACGAAAAGCACUUCAAAAAUGCUAACAUACGGUUCAAAUGUAUGGCAACCAUAUCGCGAAUGUAUACUAUGAGCGAUGAAGCGUUUGGCACUUCCGCUGAUUAUAAGGCCUCGGGAUCGCUGAAUGUCGGGCCACUGGGACUCGGACAGGUGCGCGGCACAGCCUCAUCGAUAGCCAAAAUAAAUAGCGUUUGGACGGUAUGGUUGGCCUGGAGUUUGUCUCUUAUAAGCACUUGGAUGGCACUCAGGCAUCAUAAUAGCAACACAUGAAAAAAAACACA